AGAUACCAACGGAGCCCCAGUUGCUCGCGAGAGACCAAUACGAUCGCGAGUGCGACGCAAACGUCGCGCCUUUUUCACAGAUAUUCCGGUAUACGCACAUUGUACAGUGAAUCUCUCGAGACGCACACAUAUUCAUAUACGUCUGUGUGUGCAUUGAGUAUGUGCGGCGAGUGUACACAACGAUAGACGGGACCAUACGACCUCCGGUUCGAGGUCCCUCGCGCACAGUCGAUAACUGUAAAUCGACGUGGACGAUUCGUGACGUUUCUCGUGCCGGUUCUAAUCCAGCAUUCUACAAAUUAUUCAAUGUUUUUCUUUUCUUUUCAUUGGUUCAGCCAUCGGUCACUUAAUACUAAUUGAAAAAGAAGCAUCAUCCCGGACGUUUUAAGGAUAAAAGCGAACUAUCGUGAACGCUCAAAGGAUAUGAGAUAAAUAUUUAAAAACCCGUACAAAUACUUUGUUCCCUCGUGAGUGAGUAAUCGCAGUGUUUUCGGGCGUGACAACACCACGCAUCGACCAGGAUUUUGAUAACGGGAAAAACGAGUUUCAUGAUCAGUGGUGGCGCAUGGAUCUACGAAUAAGGUCCUCGCGACCUCGUCGGUAUAGGUAGUCAAAGUGCUACUCAUUUUUUUUCAUCAUUCUGUUACCGCACGUCCAGGAACAUUCCAAAUCGGAUGAGCCCGUAAUCAGGAGUUUUUCGCGGAUUUAAACGCGAUGGUACCAUAGCAGUGACGACUUCCCGUUACUUACGAAAUUCAGACUUAUCCUCCCCACAGAAAAUAGUGAUCGGAGUUUGUUGUUUUACUUGGAUUUGUUUAUAUUAUUACGCAUGUUCUUGAAUACAUGCGCGUUGCAUAAAAAGGAUUAUUGCCCGACCAUAAACGGUCGAUCAAUGGUGGCGCAAACAAAAUCUGUGCAGUGAGAUCGGUUAUCGUCAUUCGGCUUCCCGGAGAUAUUCGAGGAAGACGUGGCAUAUGUUUUCAUAUACCAAAUAUCAAUAAUAAUAUUGUUUGAUAUUAUUAUCGUCCGAGGGAAAAAUGCCGAAGAUAUUUCUCCUCAAGAACAGCCUUCUGGCGCAGCAACAGAGGCUGCUGGAGGCUCAACAUCUUAGCAAAAGUCCACCGCCUGGUAGCGGCAAGGAUAGCCCACUCGGAGGUUCCGAACCGCUCAGCCUCAUCGUAAACAAGCACCAAUACCGUGAUCGAACGGAAGAUGAUCGAGCAACGACUCCUGAAUCUUUGCGAAGCAGUAGCCCGGCGAGUUCUCCACCGCCACAGUGGCAGCCGUCGACACCAUCGAAUUCACCACCGCGACGUUUCAUUUCGAGUAUCUUAGGGGGCGAUGUUCCUUACGGUAGUCGGGGUCACGUUCUAACGAGAGCCGAACGCAAAGAGUACAGCAGCCCACCGAUCGCACCAACCGGUGACAAAACGUUGCCGUUCAAAUCGGAAAGACUCGAACUCCCGAGACCAGUUACGCCACCCAAAACUCCCAGGGUCGAACCACCGACGAGAGUUUCCGUUAUACAGAGAGUUCCACCUCAGAGUCAACCCCCGAGGAAAGAACACACGAAAAUUGAAUUACCACGUACGCAAGAGCCAGAAUUGUCUCGUGCUCAAGAACCGGAACAGGAUCAACCUAUAAAUUAUGCGAUGCCGAAGAGAAAGGAAGAAGAUGCGGACGAGGAGCGAAGCGGUCGGGAAGGUGCGAUAGCAUCGCGAACCAUGGGGAAUUCGAUCGCGAGACCAAUGUUGGCGAUGAGAUUAUCGGGACCGCAGACCAUCAAUGCGGCGGCUGGUCACGGUAGAUCGACCAAUUCCGGCAACAACGGAGGUGGCUCCAGCAGUGGAAAUAAUAGCGGUUCUUCCGGCAACGGCGGAAGUUCAGCAAGUGGCGGAGGCGGCGGAAUUGGAUUUACGAAUAGCGGCGGCGGAGGAGGUGGCGGCGGCGGCGGUGGGACCGUCGGUGGUGGUGCCGGAGGCGGUGGCAUGAAUCCUGGCGGUAACGGAGGCCGCGGGAAUUAUGGACCUAGCUCACCUCCCACUGGCUCUUUGCCACCGUUCUACGAGUCCCUCAAGGGAGGCAACAACCUAGCAAACUUUGCAAAUCAGUACAAUGGCACGCAAGGAAACGGAUUCCUCACACCCUCGACAGCGGUCGGCAUGGAAUGCGACACGGGUCAACAGGACAUGAAUUCCCAACACUCCCCGUACGGUGCUCAAGAGGGCAAGCAAUAUUCGUUGCUCCAAAAUGUGUGUGGCUCUUACGGGAUAACAUUGAAAGAGGAAGAGGAAGAUUUAGCAGCUUACAAGAUUCAGCCAAACGAUUUGCUCUCGGGUCAAUACGGAGCGUACGACGUUACGGAUUCUGGAAUGAUGGUCGACAUGGUGACAGGAGCGGUGGUUGAUCCGCUCCAAUUCACAGCCACUUUGACCUUCAGUUCUCCUUCCGACCAUACCGCUCUCCUGGAGAGUCUCAGCGACGCUGCUGAUCUCUUUUUGCCGAGGCUUCCGGCCGAGGAAGGCGGCAAUGAUCUCCUCGAGGACUCCCUCCAUUCGCCGGCUUCCGCCGGCAGCGGUAUUGGCCAAGAUGGCCAUAUGUCGACACCCGUUGAGCCCAGCGUCGAUCCCUUCCCCGAGCACAGUAUGACACUAGCCCGCGGCUUCGACGCCUCCAGACAUUACACGAAUCCACCUCAACACUUUACGACCAAUAAACUAUCCAGCAUUUCCUACAACAAUGGCGAAUCUAGUUAUCAGCCAUUGCCCAAAGAGCGACCGGAAUUGGCGCUUCAUCUCAACCAAAAUCAACAUCAGAACGAGCCCCAGUUACAGCAGCUCCAGAUUCAAGUCCAAAUGCAGCAUCAGCAACAGCAACAAAACUCUGCGACGUCCCCUCAUCAGCAACAUCAUCAAGGUCUUCUCAGCCCGGGACUCAGCUUCACCGGAAGUGGCCUGGAACUCGAUUCCGGAAGCAGCGCCGGUGGGAGCCUCCCCAGCCCAGGUGCAGCGAGCUGUUCCCUCGACGCAACUUCCACGAGUACAUCACCGGCGUGUGGUCUCAUGGAACACGCUCCAAGCCCGUCGGGUGUUUCAGCAACUGUGAGUUCAUCGUCCGCUUCAUCGGUCGGCGAAACACCCGCCGUUACUUCGUCGAGAUCCGGUGUACUUCAGCACAGGCUGGGUCUUCCUGGCGAUUGCCAGUUGGAAUUUGUCAACGGUGGGCACGGGAUAAAAAAUCCUUUUGCCGUUGAUGGCCACAGACAAGCCUCGGUCGGCCGCGACGAGGAACGACCAGCUCGACCUCCACCUGUCAAGGACGACGAUCCGAAUCGGUUCACCUGUCGCGUGUGCAGCAAAAACUUCAGCCUCCAACGCCUCCUCAAUCGUCAUAUGAAAUGUCAUAGCGACGUUAAACGUUAUCUCUGCACGUUUUGUGGCAAAGGUUUCAAUGACACCUUCGAUCUCAAAAGACACACGCGAACGCACACCGGUGUCCGACCAUACAAGUGUAAUCUUUGCGAAAAGAGCUUCACCCAACGAUGCUCACUCGAAAGUCAUUGCCUCAAGGUUCACGGUGUUCAACAUCAGUACGCGUACAAAGAAAGACGCACAAAGGUUUACGUUUGCGAGGAAUGCGGUCACACGACUCAAGAGCCGGAGGUUCAUUAUCUUCAUUUGAAGGACAAGCAUCCGUACAGCCCGGCAUUACUAAAAUUUUACGACAAGCGACACUUCAAAUUUACGAAUAGUAACUUCGCCAACAUGUUGCUCCAGGGUGGCCUUUUGCAACGCGAUUCAAGGGACUCGGACCUCAGAAGCGUUAAAGCAUCUUCAAAAAUGCUCGAAGCAAAGAACACCUUCCAACUAGAUCGGGCGUCGACUUAUUGAGGAUUAUAAACACCUUGCAUCGGACCUAGCUGACUCAGGGCUCAUCCGAUAUUCCACAACGAAGGACUUAAAAAUUCGAGAUUAAUGCGAAAUAAGAGAUAAACAUAUAGACAUGAAGAAACGAAUCAAAAUAGACUCCCUAUUCGUCGUCUGCAAUACAAUUGUUAUUGAUAAGAAAGUAGAAAUAGGCCUGUAGCGAUCAGGCAAUAUCGACGAAAAAUCAGCUUCCCCAAAAACUCGGAUCGAACGUUACGGGACCCCUUCCCACUCACCGUUAAGAAGACAGGACUAGAAUCACUUUAAAUUUGAGGUUUUCGCACUAAUUCAUUCCGACCAACUGAAAAAUCGGUGAGUUACGUUGAUUUCUGACUUUGCGGGCUUUUCUCAAGAGAUCCUUCGAGUUUGCUGUACAUAAUUCAUUAUCUUUCGUUUCAUUAUUUCAAUAAAAAAAAUACAAUAAAAAAUGAAAACUCAACGAUCUCUUGAGAUUCUUCGCUAUUUGAGAUCCUGCUUCGCGGAUCUUCAAACUCGACUGACUCGACGAAAAUAGAGAGGUGAUUGAUAAAUAAAAAUAAACAAUCGACAGAUACACAAAUCGCGACUCCAUAGAGACACGACCGGAUUCAUUUGUCGAAGAUUCAACGCUUUACAAAUCUUUCCCCAUUCGUUUGAUAAUAUAAUCGAUUAUAAUUAACGCACACCUUGCGCUAGGGUAACCUGUGAUAUAGGGAGAAGGAAUGUUUACACUUUUUUCCACACCGACAUAUACGUACACGAACACUUGCACACACGAGAAAAUUUUUUUUACUUUGGUUCGGGCGUGAUCGAGAGUUUUUAUUUCCACUUCAAUUAAUUGACAUGAAUAAAAAUACGCGUUUGUAUGAACUUUCAUUAAGAAAAAAAUUGUAAGAACGAGCUGAUUCCGGGUCUUUGACGCUGUAUUUGACAUUGUAUCAAACUCAAUUUUGUUCCCUCCGUAUUUGACCGAAAAAGUCAUUUAAAAAAUAUGGAAAAAACGUAGAUCCUCAAUUCAAAGUAAUUCUUGUUGCACUACGACACCAGGAAAUAAUUUCAUAUUUACACAUACGUAAACACAAACGGGGUAUCGUGCAAUCUUUGCGGUGGUAGGUAAAUAAAAUAUUGGUUCACAUAAAGAAUAAUAAAGAAUAUAAAAGCAUCUCACGUAACGUAAGGAGUGAGCCGAGCAGUAUUCGCGAACGUUUCGACUUGAAAAAAAUCAUGUUGUUUUUUUUUUUUCAAUUUUUUAAUUUUUUUUUAUUCCACGAGUCGACGUAUCGCCGAUGCUGUUUGCAAUAAAUUAGUUAUAAUUCAGUCGGAAUAUGUAUAAACGUAAAUUAAUGAAUGUACAGUUGUUGAAUAAGUCAAGUUGAAACGCUAUGACAUUUUAGAGAUAAAGUAAAAAAAUUUUUUUAAAAACCAACGAUAAAAAGCUCGUAUUGAUUCGACGCCGACCAUCCGCCGGGUGCUGAGGGAUCAUUAAUUAAUAUAUUCAUUCGAUGAAUGAACAAAGUUCACACUUCCGUUGUUGUGAGCUUGGUAAGAGUAGCGUGAAUGGAAAUAGAGAGGCGCGUAAAAAAAACGGGGUGCUUGUUUCCGACUGCGUUGUGACGGAUUCCGGUUAAUGGCGCAAUGUCAAUUGUAAAUAGUACUAAAACAAUGUUUUCUUCCCUCCUUAAAAUAAAAUAAGACCCUGUAAAAUGAUUAAACACCUUUGUCGGUUGAUGAGUGUAACAAAAUUGUUGUAGACUUCCCGCGACGAUUGGAGCAUGCCCAUCUCACCUCAACUGUAACUUAAAGACUGUAAAUAUAUAUUCGUAUAUAUAUAUGAAUAUGAAAGAAUAACAGAAUGUUAUUAGUAACGAACAAUGACGGUUCAAAGUCUUGUGAAAAGGCACUGGACAUUUAGGCGAUAACCGUAAGUACCUUGAUUCAAGAAAUGAGACAACGCACUUUUAAAAAAGUUAUUUAUAAUGUACACAAUUGUAAAACGAUCGUAUGUAGAGUGACGUGAAUGAUGGGUUCGUUGACAAUUCGUACCCGGAGCAAUACUCAGACGAAAGAAAGAUUAUUAACUAUUUAAUAUAAUAUCAUGAUUUUUGUUUCUUUUUUUUAUUCACUUGCGGAGAUAAUGUAACGAUACUUAUCCACCAAUUCGUAUAUCUAUACUUUUAUCGACAUUUAAAAAACACGUGUCUCGGUGUGUUACUUACGUCCAGUAUUGUACGAUAUAUGACGAUUUCUUAAUAAUUCAAAUAUUGUGUUAUCAAACAAAUAUAUUAUUUGGGAUAAUGAUAAAAUAAUACAUUGCUAUCAUCACACUAUUAUCACGAGGCAACACAAUUGCAUCACGUUUAUUUUAUCACUUUACAUUAUAUCUCCUACGGUAUAUUAUAUCAUUAGUAUUAUCAUUAAUUAUUACUCAUAUCAAUAUUAUUAUUAUUAUUAUUAUUAUUAUCAUUACGAUGGUCGCCAAUCAGAUCAUGGUUAUUGUCUUUAUUAAUAUUAUUAUUAAAAAAAAAAAAAAAAAAAAAAAAAGAAACAGAAGUAUUUAUCAUCGUUAGUAAUUAAUAUUCUCACACCCUUUUCUCAUUCCUCUAGACUGGACAUUAUCGAAACGUCCGAUUUAAUCAUCGACUUUAUUCUGAUCUACUUCCAGUAAAUUUGUGCUCGCGGUAUAACUUUCAAUUCGUAUGGCUCUGUAUGUUUGUAUAUGUGUGAACGUAUGUAUGGCUGACGUGAGUGAGUGACCUGAUGUACACUGUCUCAUUGAUGUGUACUGACGGUUCGACAUAUUUUCUUUCAUAUUUGUAGAAACGAGAAAAGGAAUUAAUAAAAACAUCAAUAUAAAUGCA